AUGGCCGAGCAUCAGCUUCGACCCCCUCUGCCGCUCAAUACGUAUUGCAACGUAGAGGCCCAUACCGCAGCACAUACUACAGUCGAAGAGCACAAGAUGGAAGAUCAAGAACCCGCAACGGCCACUGAGCGUAUUCACCGCGGAACGAUUACUACGACUACCAAGGUAAACAAGAUGCACAAGAUGCGGAUAAUGAUGGAGGCAAGUUCGAGAGCCCGUGUGAAUGGCCACCGAAUAUAUCCCCCACAGGAAAUGGAGGAGGAAAUCGCCAGAAAUAUGUGGAAAGCAGUCAUCAUUGGCCAAGCUCACAGACCAGACAUGCUCAUGCUGAGCCACCACAACCGUCGCGCAGGAACUAUAUGGGCGGAGGAGCACGGUCAACGGCCCUCAUGGUUAACCCAUACACAGACUAUUGCCGAAAGGAAUUCGAAGAAGCUAAGUAGCGGAUUAGGAAUGAGGCAAAGGCCCAACGACAAAGCCGGGGUUUCAGGCAGCGCCAAAGAUCCAGCGACCGCGAAGACUCGAGGCAGCAUGAAGCCCUCAGUAAACUGGUUGCUUUUUACCAUGGAGUGGAACGGUGAAGCUAAAACAGGCUUCACACAGCUCUUGGGUCAUGCGCCAAACUUUGCCAACUUUUUCCACAAUGGGGGUUCAAAGAGCUCUUCCCGGUAA